AAUAACCAACAUGACUACUUAAUCAACACUGCAAGUGUGCCACGUUGCUAAGAGCAAAGAGCUGUGUUUCAACGAUUUUUAUCUUUCAGUCGUACCUAGGUACUAAAAAUAAAGCUUUCGGAUCGUUCCAUCCGUUUCGUCACAAAAGCCUUCCAGCUUGAUAUGCCGCUUCGUGGCCCAGAUAGAUGUUGAAACUGAUAAAAGGCAUAGACAGACCGUAAAGCGCACAGAGCAAAUCUCAGACAGUCAGGCUGAAAAUUUAUUAAGUGUGACACACCACCGGGUUCCGACAUACGAACACAUUGACCCGAUAUGUCAUAUCCCGAUCGGACCCCAAUCAUGAAGGGAGAUAGGGGCAGGGUAACGGUAAGGCUGCAGCGCUUAUUACAACCGGUGUGUUGGUUAUUGAAAGAGUGUUGCUCGCCAAUGAAACAUGAUACAAUGCACCAGGUGCCAACAUUCUUUUCUAUUGAAUGUCCGUUUAAAUCAAUCAGUCCCUCUCUGUCAUCCAUUUUUUCCUAGGAAAUUUCACUUCUCUUGGAGAAUCCCGCUUUCCAAGAUCGACUACGUUUACUUCAAUACUCCAUGAUGGAGCUCGAAUCGAACAUCGGCCUAAACGGCCACAAUUUCGAUAAAAUUUCUGAGCCCAAGUCCGACCUAGAGCAGGAAGAAGUUGACUUGGCUGCUCAGCAGCCUGACAAAGUCGAUGGCCGCGAGAUCGUAUACAUCCAAGGUCCCAGGUUUUGGCUCAUCUCUGCCGUUGUGGCAAUAAUGAUGUUCAUGGUAAACUUCGAAGUCCCCGUCGUCGUUACAGCUUUAGUUGCCAUCACAGACGAGCUAGGAGGAUUUGAGAAUGUGGGCUGGGUUGUUUCUGCCUACUUGCUAGGAUACGUAGCUGUCAUCGUCAUCUUCGCCAAGUUUAGCGAUAUAUUUGGCCGAAAGCUUAUCUUCAUGUUAUCCAUCUUUAUCUUUAUCGUCUUCUCUGCCGCCUGCUCUGCUGCACAAACUAUAGUUCAGCUUGCUGUCUUUCGAGCGUUACAGGGGGUUGGCGGGGGUGGUUGUUGGUCCCUUGCCACAAUAUUUGUCAUCGAGUUGGUCCCACCAGAGAAAUGUGCCCAAUACGUAUCGAAUAUCUCUACAGUAAACGCUUUGGCACUUCUCGUGGGACCUAUCGUUGGCGGAGCCAUAGCCUCCGGGACAACUUGGAGAUGGAUUUUCAUCGUGAAUGUUCCGAUAUGCAUUCCAGCGUUUGUCAUUGGAAUUUUUGCCAUCCCUAAUGGCUUUCCAUAUGGAGAUCGAGUGAAUUACCGGCAGAAGGCCGCGGCCAAGAGUCCGCUCAGUCGGAUAGACAUACUUGGUAAUAUACUCAUCUUGUUUGCAACGCUAGCUUUGACUUCGGCAUUUGAGGAAGCCGACAAGAAAUUCCCAUGGAGGUCCGGAUAUGUCAUUGCCUUGUUGACCAUAGCCGGACUUCUUUGGAUUGCUCUGGGUUGGUGGGAGUACUACGUCACAGCCGCCAACAAUGUUCGGGAGCCUAUCCUACCUUGGCGAUUUUUGAAUAAUCGUCACAUGAUGGGAAUUCUACUAAACUUGGUUUUCCUCGGCGGCCCUACUAUUAUUUCUAUGUUCAUCAUCCCACAGAGGUUCGAGUUGGUAUAUAACAGUUCUGGUAUCGGCGCUGGUGUGAAGUUAAUCCCUUUCACGGCUUUGAUCCCGAUUGGAUCAAUUGUUGGAUCUACUCUCGCUGGAAAACACAAAGUUCCGCCUGUAUACAUCCUAUUGUUUGGCUCCGCCCUACAAGUGAUUGCCUUCGCCCUAUUAGGCACACUUCCAAAGGUUCUAACUAUACCACCACGAGUCUACGGCUUAGAAGUCAUGGCUGGAUUCGGGAGCGGAUCUAAUUUUGCACUGUUGUUCAUAAUGAUUCAGUUUGUAAAUGAGAGGGUUGACCAUGCCGUUGCCAUGGGCGCUGGGUCCCAAUUCAGGAUGAUGGGAAGUUCCUUGGUUCUAGCAAUUGCGACCUCGGUUUCCAACACUUAUGCCAGGCCGAAGCUGCAGACACUUCUUGGUAUUUCAGAUACUGAUGCCCUCUCUGCAAUCAUACCUACGUUGUCACCAGCACUUCAAGAACAAGUCCGAUUGCUCCUUGCAGAAAGUUACAAUCGCCAGGUCCUUGUCCUAUGUGUCUCUGCGGCAUUACAAAUCCCCUGUACCUUCUUGAUGUGGAGGAAGAAGCAGCUUACUGUCUAAGUCACCAUCCACUCUUUUUUUGAUGGAACAUUGAUCUUCAAUCAGAAGAUCAUGAGGUUACCUAUGCAAGAUGUCCAAGGAGGCUUUCGGGUAGGCGCUUUGAAACUGCCUUAUAUUUCUAAUACUGUUGUGGUAUCACAUGGUUGUGUCGGCAAGAUAGGUACAUUCAUUGGAUAUCGGUCAGCUACUCAACCUAAGUUCAGGUAGCUACAAAAGGAAGAACAGCUGGAAUAUGUGUCUUUCUUACUAAACUUUGAAGAAUGUUAAUCUCCGGGGCUGUAAGGCUUUUGCGAUACAUCGUGUGCGAAAUAUAGGUAGUAGUUUAGGUUGAAUUCAGUAUAUCGGCUAACCUUCGGAGGUGUAGCAAUUGCUGUCCAUUUCCUUAGGAAAAGCGCAGUGCCGAAGGUACGGGGAGGCGUCACAAGCCAGUGCUAGUAUGCAUACCAUAUCUUAGAAGACAUUCAGAUACUAGGUGUCACCUACCUAAGUAACUCUCGCGUAACCCUACUAAUGUUCGUAAAAUACUAGGUAUGAUAUAUUAUCCGCUCCCAAGUAAAAAUGUUUUGGCCGUCAGUUUUGUAACAUUUUUAGGUAGGCCCUAUGUGCUGUAAUGGAGGUAUUGUGAUCAUAUGCCUGGUUGCGGCACAUGUCAGACUUAUAUACACCGCUUCAUGCACAUCACUUUUUUUCUUUCGUCU